AAUGUGGACAUUAGCAGUGCAACAACUUUCACCAUGCGGUUUCUGCCCCAUUGUAGCUCCACAGAUCAGUGGAGCACACACUGCUACGUGCUAUGUUUGUUCCUCCUCAUCAACUGCUUUGGAGCAGCUUCUCCCCUUUAUGCUCCUCCCGCGCCAACAGGUCUCCUCUCUGCUUUCUCUGCCACGCAAACCAGUAGCGUGGUGGGAGGCAAGCAGAAGGCAGUGACCUUCAACAGGCUCGUGGUCAACAUCGGAGGGGAUUUCAAUCCAGACACUGGCCACUUCCGCUGUCGCAUCCCCGGGGCUUACUAUUUCUCCUUCUCUGUGGGGAAAUUUCCCAAAAAAAUGCUUUCUGUCAUCCUGGUGAAGAACGGAGAGGAGGUGCAGGCUAUAGCUUAUGACGACUUCCGCAAGAAAGGGAGAAAAGUUCAGAGCCAAAGUCUUAUGAUCGGUUUGAAGAAAAUGGACAUAGUGUGGUUGCGCUUGCAGCCUAGCCCCCAGUAUGCUUUGUACAGCAACGCUGGGCCUUACAUCACCUUCUCAGGUUACCUGGUCUAUCCUGAUGCCAUGGCAACCAGCUACAUCAGCAACCACUUGUCUACACCUGCUCUACCCUACCCAAACUGUCCACCUCAGGUCAGAGGCCAGAGAGAGCAGCCGCGGUCUGCCUUCUCAGUAGCACGGACAUCAACCCUCAUGGGUCACAGCAGCUGGACACAAGAAAAGCCACCAAUCACCUUUGAUGUAGAAUAUGUCAACAUAGGGGGCCAUUUCAACAAAACCUCUGGCCGCUUCACCUGCCACUUCCCAGGGGUGUACUUCUUCGCCUUCACUGUGGGGAAACACCCUCGUAGGGCUGUUUCAGUGAAGCUGAUGACCGGGAAGGGUGAGGUGCAGGCGAUGGUGUUUGAUGAUGACACAUCAAAGAGAAGGGAAAUGCAGAGUCAGAGUUUGUUGCUGUCUCUCAGCAGGGGCGACAGCGUGUGGCUGUACAGUCAACAGGAUGAGCGCUUUGCUGUUUACAGCAACCAGGGCAGGUACACCACGUUCUCAGGCUUCCUGGUUUAUCCAGAUACAGAAACACCUGCCACCAGCCAGGGGGACAGAGGUCACCUAUAAAUGUCUUAAGGUUGUAGCUGUUUUUUGUUCCCAGCCUGCAGUUUAUCUCCACGUCAAUGAGUCAGGUAGAAUAUUUAAACUGUGGUCAGCAUAGUUUAACAGAUUCCUCUCUCUCUCUUUCUUUUUGUAACAUUUUGUUUGUUUUUAUUAAACAGUGUUAUUCCAAAAGGUAACAUUUGUUGCCACCAGAUGGUGCUAUGAUACAGCUAAGUGCAAUGUUCUCUUAGAAAAUCUGUGAUACAGUUUGGG